AUGGAUCUGCUCAACUCCCUCAAACCCAAAGCUCCCGCCCCGAAGUUGCAGUCUGCAUCCGACGGCCCCUUGGUCUGGAUUGACUGUGAGAUGACUGGACUGGAUCCGGACAAGGAGGAAAUCAUUGAGAUUUUCUGCAUCAUCACCACGGGAAACCUGCAAGUCAUUGACCCCGAGGGCUGGGGCUGCGUGGUGCACCAGACGGAGCAACGCAUGGCGCAGAUGGACGACUGGUGCACCAAGACACACGGCGACAGCGGCCUCACAGCGGCGGUUAUUAAGUCGACGACGACGCCUGAGCAGGCCGCCGACAAUUUGCUCGCUUACAUCAAGAAGCACAUCCCGCAGAAGAAGACGGCGCUGCUGGCGGGCAACAGUGUACACGCGGACCGCUCGUUCCUCAACAAGCCGCCCUACCGCAAGGUGGUUGACCAUUUACACCAUCGCAUUCUUGAUGUCAGCUCGCUCAAGGAGGCGGCGAGACGUUGGUGCCCGCCGCAGGUCGUAGAUGGUGCUCCUGCCAAGCAGGGACUUCAUCAGGCCAAGGAGGAUAUCCUCGAGAGCAUUGCUGAGGCCAAGUACUACAGAGAAGCCAUUUUUGGCCGGACGUGGAGAGGAGAGACCAGCGCGCAGGACACGCCGGUCAGUGAACGGGAUGAGGACGAUGCUUGGGCGGACAACCUGCUGUAG